CACACAGGCACCCAACUACGAAUUACACAGCAGCCCUGAAACGAUCAUCUCUGAAAUAUCUGAGAGGCACCAGACAGGUAAGCUGUCAUCAUGAGUGUGGAUCCGGAAAUGGAGUGCUUUGGCUCGGCGGCCGUAUACCUCCGGAAGCCAGAGCGAGAAAGGAUUGAGGCACAGAACUUACCAUUUGAUGCCAAAACAGCCUACUUUGUGUCUGAGCCGACUGAGAUGUACCUCAAAGGGGUCCUCCAGAGUAAAGAGGGAGGCAAAGUCACCGUCAAAACUCUGUGUGGCAAAGUCUUGACAGUGAAGGAAGAUGACAUCUUCCCCAUGAAUCCUCCAAAGUUUGAUAAGAUUGAGGACAUGGCUAUGAUGACUCACCUCAAUGAGCCUGCUGUGCUGUACAACCUCAAAGAGCGUUAUGCAGCAUGGAUGAUUUAUACCUACUCUGGGUUGUUCUGUGUCACUGUGAACCCCUACAAGUGGCUCCCAGUGUAUGAUAGUAAAGUCGUGACGGCCUACAGGGGCAAAAAGAGAGUCGAGGCCCCUCCUCACAUCUUCUCCAUCUCUGAUAACGCCUAUCAGUUCAUGCUCACUGACCGUGAGAACCAGUCAAUCCUGAUCACUGGAGAAUCUGGUGCAGGAAAGACUGUGAACACCAAAAGGGUCAUCCAAUACUUUGCGACAAUCGCAGUGUCUGGACAGAAGAAGGUAGAACAUGUUCCUGGAAAAAUGCAGGGGUCGCUGGAAGAUCAAAUCAUUGCAGCCAACCCUCUGCUGGAAGCUUAUGGUAAUGCAAAGACUGUGAGGAAUGACAACUCAUCUCGUUUUGGUAAAUUCAUCAGAAUCCAUUUUGGCUCGACCGGAAAGUUGGCUUCAGCUGAUAUUGAAACUUAUCUGCUGGAAAAGUCAAGAGUAACCUUCCAGCUGUCAGCUGAGAGGAGCUACCACAUUUUCUACCAGCUCACAACUGGGCACAAGCCUGAACUGCUGGAGGCUCUCCUCAUCACCACUAACCCAUAUGACUAUCCAAUGAUCAGUCAUGGGGAGAUCACGGUCAAAAGCAUCAAUGACGUGGAAGAGUUUAUUGCCACAGAUACUGCCAUUGACAUCUUGGGCUUCACUACAGAGGAGAAGAUGAGCAUUUACAAGCUGACAGGAGCUGUGAUGCAUCACGGGAACAUGAAAUUUAAGCAGAAACAGAGAGAGGAGCAGGCCGAGCCUGAUGGUACUGAGGUGGCUGAUAAAAUCGCUUACCUCAUGGGCCUGAAUUCAGCUGACAUGCUGAAAGCUUUGUGCUUUCCCAGAGUCAAGGUCGGGAAUGAGUUUGUGACCAAAGGGCAGACUGUGCCACAGGUCAACAAUUCAACCAUGGCUCUGAGUAAGGCAGUCUAUGAGAAGAUGUUCGUGUGGAUGGUUUUCCGUAUCAAUGAGAUGUUGGAUACCAAACAGUCAAGACAGUUCUUCAUUGGGGUGCUGGAUAUUGCUGGGUUUGAAAUUUUCGAUUUCAACAGCUUGGAACAGCUGUGCAUCAACUUCACUAAUGAGAAACUGCAACAGUUUUUCAACCACCACAUGUUUGUGCUGGAACAAGAGGAAUACAAGAAAGAAGGAAUUGAGUGGGAGUUUAUAGACUUUGGUAUGGACUUGGCAGCCUGUAUAGAGCUUAUUGAGAAGCCAAUGGGAAUUUUCUCCAUCCUUGAAGAAGAGUGUAUGUUCCCCAAGGCCACAGACAUGACAUUCAAGAACAAGUUGUAUGACCAACACCUCGGUAAAAGUGCAUCCUUCCAGAAGCCAAAGCCUACUAAAGGCAAGGCAGAGGCUCAUUUCUCCCUGGUGCACUAUGCUGGUACAGUGGACUACAACAUCAUAGGCUGGCUGGAUAAAAAUAAGGACCCUCUGAAUGACUCUGUUGUUCAGCUGUACCAGAAGGCAUCACUUAAACUGUUGCCUAUUCUGUUUGCUUCUCAUGCCUCUACUGAAGCUGAAGGUCCCAAAAAAGGUGGGAAGAAGAAAGGUGGCUCCUUCCAGACAGUGUCAGCUUUGUUUCGGGAAAACCUGGGCAAGCUUAUGACCAACUUAAGAAGCACUCAUCCACACUUUGUGCGCUGCAUUAUUCCAAAUGAGUCCAAGACACCAGGCCUGAUGGAAAAUGCUCUGGUAAUCCACCAGUUGCGCUGUAAUGGUGUACUGGAGGGUAUAAGAAUCUGCAGAAAGGGUUUCCCCAGCAGAAUCCUCUACGGUGACUUUAAGCAGAGAUACAAAGUAUUGAAUGCCAGUGUCAUCCCAGAGGGUCAGUUCAUUGACAACAAGAAAGCUUCUGAAAAGCUUCUCAGUUCCAUUGAUGUGGAUCAUACCCAGUACAAGUUCGGACAUACCAAAGUGUUCUUCAAAGCUGGACUGUUGGGUCUUCUUGAGGAGAUGCGAGACGAAAAGCUUGUUAUUCUCGUAACCAUGACUCAGGCACUGUGCCGAGGUUUCCUUAUGAGGAGAGAGUUUGUCAAGAUGAUGGAGAGAAGAGAAUCUAUCUUCACCAUCCAAUACAACAUCCGCUCAUUCAUGAAUGUGAAACACUGGCCAUGGAUGAAGCUGUAUUUCAAGAUCAAGCCACUUCUGAAGAGUGCCGAGACUGAGAAGGAAAUGGCUGCCAUGAAGGAGAAUUUUGAGAAAAUGAAAGAGGAUCUGGCAAAGGCUCUCGCAAAGAAGAAAGAGUUAGAGCAAAAAAUGGUUACACUACUGCAGGAGAAAAAUGACCUGCAGUUACAAGUAGCUGCAGAAGUUGAAAAUCUCUCAGAUGCUGAGGAGAGAUGUGAGGGUCUCAUCAAAAGCAAGAUCCAGCUCGAAGCCAAACUCAAAGAGGUAACUGAGAGACUGGAGGACGAGGAGGAAGUCAAUGCUGAACUGACUGGCAAGAAAAGAAAACUGGAGGAUGAGUGUUCUGAGCUGAAGAAAGACAUUGAUGAUUUGGAGCUAACCCUAGCUAAAGUGGAGAAGGAGAAGCAUGCUACUGAGAACAAGGUCAAAAACCUUACUGAAGAAAUGGCAUCUUUAGAUGAGACCAUUGUGAAGUUGACAAAGGAAAAGAAGGCUCUUCAAGAGGCACACCAGCAAACUCUUGAUGAUCUCCAAGCAGAGGAAGACAAAGUCAAUACUCUGACUAAAGCCAAGGUUAAGCUGGAACAACAAGUAGAUGAUCUUGAAGGCUCUCUUGAACAAGAGAAGAAGCUGCGUAUGGAUCUUGAACGAGCUAAGAGAAAGCUCGAGGGAGACCUCAAAUUGGCCCAGGAAACCAUAAUGGAUCUGGAAAAUGACAAGCAACAGUCAGAUGAAAGGCUUAAAAAGAAGGACUUUGAGACAAGCCAACUUCUUAGCAGGAUUGAGGACGAGCAGACUCUUGGAGCACAGCUUCAGAAAAAGAUUAAAGAACUUCAGGCACGUAUUGAGGAGCUUGAAGAGGAGAUUGAAGCAGAGCGGACUGCCCGUGCUAAGGUUGAAAAGCAGAGAGCUGAUGUCUCCAGAGAUCUGGAAGAGAUCAGUGAGAGACUUGAGGAAGCUGGAGGUGCCACUUCUGCCCAGAUUGAGAUGAACAAGAAACGUGAGGCUGAGUUCCAAAAGUUACGCCGUGAUCUUGAAGAAUCCACCCUGCAGCAUGAAGCCACUGCUGCAGCUCUUCGUAAGAAGCAGGCUGACAGCGUGGCAGAGCUUGGGGAGCAGAUUGACAACCUGCAGAGGGUCAAGCAGAAGCUGGAAAAAGAGAAGAGUGAAUUCAAAAUGGAGGUUGAUGAUCUGUCUAGCAAUAUGGAGGCUGUUGCCAAAGCAAAGGCUAACCUUGAAAAGAUGUGCCGUACACUGGAAGAUCAAGUGAGUGAGUUCAAGAGCAAGAAUGAGGAGCAACUUCGUCAGCUGAAUGACCUGGGAACCCAAAAAGCACGUCUUCAGACAGAAAAUGGUGAAAUUGGGCGUAAUCUGGAAGAGAAAGAAGCACUUGUAUCUCAGCUGACUCGCACCAAACAAGCUUAUACUCAGCAGAUUGAAGAGCUGAAAAGGCAUAUUGAAGAAGAAGUCAAGGCAAAGAAUGCCCUGGCCCAUGGUUUGCAGUCAGCUCGCCAUGACUGUGACCUUCUCAGAGAGCAGUUUGAAGAAGAGCAGGAAGCCAAAUCUGAGUUGCAACGUGCAAUGUCUAAGGCCAACAGUGAGGUAGCUCAGUGGAGAACCAAAUAUGAGACUGAUGCCAUCCAGCGUACUGAGGAACUUGAGGAGGCAAAGAAAAAGCUUGCCCAGCGCUUGCAGGAUGCUGAAGAAUCCAUUGAAGCUGUGAACGCCAAGUGUGCAUCACUGGAAAAGACAAAGCAGAGAUUACAUAAUGAAGUAGAGGACCUCAUGAUUGAUGUAGAGAGAGCUAAUGCACUCGCUGCCAAUCUAGACAAGAAGCAAAGAAACUUCGACAAGAUCUUGGCUGAAUGGAAACAGAAAUUUGAAGAAAGCCAAGCAGAGUUGGAGGGAGCACAGAAAGAGGCUCGCUCUCUUAGCACAGAGCUUUUCAAGAUGAAGAACUCCUAUGAAGAAGCACUAGACCACCUGGAGACUCUGAAGCGGGAGAACAAAAACCUUCAGCAGGAGAUCUCAGAUUUAACUGAGCAACUCGGAGAGACUGGAAAAACUAUUCAUGAGCUGGAAAAGGGAAAGAAGACAUUGGAGUGUGAGAAAUCAGAAGUACAGACAGCUCUUGAGGAAGCUGAGGCCACACUAGAGCAUGAGGAAUCCAAGAUCAUUCGUAUCCAGCUUGAACUCACCCAAGUGAAGAGUGAGAUUGACCGGAGGUUGGCUGAGAAAGAUGAGGAGAUUGAGCAGAUCAAGCGAAACAGCCAGAGGGUGAUUGAAUCCAUGCAGAGCACGCUGGAUGCUGAAAUCCGAAGCAGAAACGAUGCUCUCAGAGUCAAGAAGAAGAUGGAGGGUGAUCUCAACGAGAUGGAGAUCCAGCUGAGUCAUGCCAAUCGCCAGGCUUCUGAAGCCCAGAAACAGCUCAGGAAUGUCCAAGGCCAACUUAAGGAUGCUCAGCUGCAUCUUGAUGAGGCUAUUCGAGUACAAGAAGACAUGAAGGAGCAGGUGGCCAUAGUGGAGCGCAGAAACAGUCUGAUGCUGGCAGAGAUCGAGGAGCUUAGAGUUGCCCUGGAGCAAACCGACAGAAGCCGCAAAGUGGCUGAACAGGAGCUGGUGGAUGCCAGUGAGCGUGUGACUCUGCUUCAUUCUCAGAAUACCAGUCUUAUCAACACCAAAAAGAAGCUGGAGGCUGAUCUUGUACAGAUUCAGGGUGAAAUGGAAGACACUCUUCAGGAAGCACGCAAUGCUGAGGAAAAGGCCAAGAAAGCUAUCACUGAUGCUGCCAUGAUGGCAGAGGAGCUGAAGAAGGAGCAGGACACCAGUGCUCACCUGGAGAGGAUGAAGAAGAACCUGGAGACCACAGUAAAGGAUCUGCAGCACCGCCUGGAUGAGGCUGAGAGUCUGGCCAUGAAGGGUGGCAAGAAACAACUCCAGAAACUGGAGGCUAGAGUCCGUGAGCUGGAAAAUGAAGUUGAAGCUGAGCAGAGGCGUGCAGCUGAGGCUAUUAAAGGUGUUCGCAAAUAUGAGAGGAGAGUGAAAGAACUUACUUACCAGACUGAGGAGGAUAAGAAGAACGUGACCAGACUGCAGGAUCUGGUGGACAAACUGCAGCUGAAAGUGAAGUCCUACAAGAGACAGUCUGAGGAAUCUGAGGAGCAGGCCAACACUCACCUGUCCAGAUUUAGGAAGGUGCAGCAUGAACUGGAGGAGGCUCAGGAGAGAGCUGACAUUGCUGAGUCGCAGGUCAACAAACUCCGAGUCAAGAGCCGUGAAUUAGGAAAGGGUAAAGAAGCUGAAGAAUGAACAUGAUAGAGGAGCUAGAACUCAUAAUAUGAGCUACCCUCAAAAUUCUUAUUAGAAUUAUUAAGUAGAAUAGCCCUACACCAAUAAAAAAUUAUGCCUUAUGAUCUGCUG